GCACGCGCGGCGGCGGCGCGUUCCGUUCCGGGCCGAGGCUCGCGGCGGAAAAGUUGCACGGCGGAGAGGAGCGGCCCUGGGACGGGCAGUAAGCGCGACGCGGAGCCGGUUCCCGGCGCCUGCGGCCACGCCAUGGACGACCUCGACGCUCUGCUGGCGGACUUGGAGUCCACCACCUCCCAUAUCUCCAAACGGCCUGUGUUCUUGUCAGAGGAGACCCCCUACUCGUACCCAACUGGAAACCACACAUACCAGGAGAUUGCCGUGCCACCCCCUGUCCCCCCACCCCCAUCCAGUGAGGCCCUCAAUGGCUCAGUUCUUGACCCGAUAGACCAGUGGCAACCCAGCACCUCCCGAUUCAUCCACCAGCAGCCUCAGGCCCCAUCCCCUGUGUACGGCUCCAGUGCCAAAACUUCCAGUUCCUCCAACCCCCAGGACGGCAUCAGCCUUCCGUGUCCACGAGCUAGCGAGGAGGAGCACGUGUACAGCUUUCCCAACAAGCAGAAGUCAGCUGAGCCUUCACCCACCGUCAUGAGCUCCUCCUUGGGCAGCAACCUUUCUGAACUCGACCGCCUGCUGCUGGAGCUGAAUGCUGUGCAGCAUAACGCCCCAGGCUUCCCCACAGAUGAGGCCAACUCAAGCCCCCCACUGCCUGGGGCUCUGAGCCCACACUAUGGCGUCCUGGAACACAACAGCUCACUGGGGGGCAAAGCCGGGCCGGUGACCAAAGAGAAGCCCAAGCGGAAUGGAGGCCGUGGCCUGGAGGACGUGCGCCCCAGCGUGGAGAGUCUCCUGGACGAGCUGGAGAGCUCCGUGCCCAGCCCUGUCCCCGCCAUCACUGUGAACCAGGGUGAGAUGAACAGCCCCCAGCGAGUCACCUCCAGCCAGCAGCAGACGCGCAUCUCAGCCUCCUCUGCCACCAGGGAGCUGGACGAGCUGAUGGCCUCGCUGUCAGAUUUUAAGACCAGCUCCUCUGCUGUGGCCUUGAGCUCCCCGGGGCUGCUGUCCAGCUCAGCUCCUUCCACACACCACAUGCUUCCUCCUCCUGCUCCUCCUCCUUCUCCUCCCCGGCCCUCUGUAUUCCUGCCGCCUGCUGGGAAACCCCCCACUCGAGGCCCUGGCCACACCCCUGAGGUCGUCUGCACUGAGGACAGUGAUAACUUAGCUCAGGGCCUUGUACCUCCUGUGGCCCCCAGCUGGCUUGAUUUGGCUGGCUUUGGGGUGACACCAGACACCCCAAACUCAAGGUCUCCCUCCAUGGAGGGUUCUCUGGGGCCACUGGGUACAGAGAGCCAGGCCCACAUUUGGAGGGACCCACCCAACCUGGUGUGUGAACUCUCCAGGGCAUCCCCUGGGAACAUUCUACCUCACACUGGGUGCGUAGGUCCCCAGGAGUCUGGGGACCCCCAACUUCCAUCAGCCAACCCUCUGUGUCAAGGGGAGGCUAUGGCUGCCACGCAGGGGCGCCCGUGGGGUCUGGAGGUUGUCAGGCCUAAGACUCCUCAGGGAGCUAUGCCCAGCAUCCAGCAAGUAUCUGAGCCCACCUUGGUGGCUGCAGACCGUCAGGCUGUCUUCCCAGAUACCUGGAGUCUUCCGAAGGAACGUGGACAGCAGGAGAGGGCCAGGCCAGGGCCAGGGGAGCAGUUAGGUGGAGAGACACCCAUGGGGGGCAGCCUUGUCAGACCAAUCCAAGGACUCAAGACCCCCAGGACGCCAGAGGGCACCACGGAAACUGCCUCUGAGGCCAGGAGGGAACAGCUGGAGCUUCCGCAUGCUGUGGUCAUGGAUACACCCAACACCACUGAGAGGAUUUCCACCUCUGGCCAGAUCCGCUCGGUGAUCAGGAGGAGCCGGGAGACGGGCCACGCACACCCCAUGUCCCGGGAGCCCUCCCCUCGCCGCCGGCUGGACCCCGCCACCCUGAGCAGGACCCCAUCCCAGGAGCGGCUCAUCGCAGAGCUGCAGGGCCGGCUGGGCAUCCAGCCGGAGGUGGAGGAGGCCACGGAAGCCUCUGCGGAGGACUGGCUGACAGAGGGCGUCAUCAUCACUGUGCAGCCGCGUGGGAGGCGGGCUGGGGGGCAGCUGGUAGAGAAGGUUGUCUUCCCUCCCGGCUCUCCCAUUCCCCUGAGAAGAACCUUCUCUGUUCUGCCUUCUCCUCCUCCUCCCAGCCCUUUGCUCCAGCGUCGCAGAGACACUUCGGCCAGCAGCUCUUCGCCCCCACCCAGCCCACCUGGCCCCUCUACCCUGGGGCCCCCGGCUCUCCCCUGCGCUUCCCCUGGGGUCCAGAGCACUGGGGUGGGGCCAUGGGAAGCUGAUGCGCAGGGCCCCAGCCCUUUCUCACCUGCGCCCCGCUCUGUGAGCUCUGUGGGCUGCCAGACUGACGAGGACCCACUCUUCCCCCCGAUGCAGACCCAGGGCUUGGAACAAAGAGUGGACAGAGAACUGUGCUGGGCAGCUGGCUGGAGGAAUGGCAGGCAGAGCAGCCCUGAAGGGCAGGACGAGGGAGGGUUCAUGGCCCAGGGCAAGACCGGGAGCAGCUCUCCUCCAGGGGGCCCCCCAAAGCCGGGAAGCCAGCUGGACAGCAUGCUAGGGAGCCUGCAGUCUGACCUGAACAAACUGGGGGUCGCCACGGUUGCAAAGGGGGUCUGCGGAGCCUGCAAAAAACCCAUCGCGGGGCAGGUCGUGACCGCCAUGGGGAAGACGUGGCACCCAGAGCAUUUCGUCUGCACCCACUGCCAGGAGGAGAUCGGGUCCCGGAACUUCUUUGAGCGGGAUGGACAGCCCUACUGUGAAAAGGACUAUCACAACCUCUUCUCUCCACGCUGCUACUACUGCAACGGGCCCAUCCUGGAUAAAGUGGUGACAGCCCUUGACCGGACGUGGCACCCGGAGCACUUCUUCUGUGCCCAGUGUGGCGCCUUCUUCGGGCCUGAAGGGUUCCACGAGAAAGACGGCAAGGCCUACUGCCGGAAGGAUUACUUUGACAUGUUCGCGCCCAAGUGUGGCGGCUGUGCCCGGGCCAUCCUGGAGAACUACAUCUCGGCCCUCAACACCCUCUGGCAUCCCGAGUGCUUCGUGUGUCGGGAAUGCUUCACGCCAUUCGUCAACGGCAGCUUCUUCGAGCACGAUGGGCAGCCCUACUGUGAGGUGCACUACCACGAGCGGCGGGGCUCACUGUGCUCUGGCUGCCAGAAGCCCAUCACGGGCCGCUGCAUCACGGCCAUGGCCAAGAAGUUCCACCCGGAGCACUUCGUCUGUGCCUUCUGCCUCAAGCAGCUCAACAAGGGCACCUUCAAGGAGCAGAAUGACAAGCCUUACUGUCAGAACUGCUUCCUCAAGCUCUUCUGCUAGGCGCCCCUGUCCCUCCUCUGCCCCCCUUCCCAACCCAGCCUUCCAGCCGCUACUGUGACCCAGAGGCCUCACUGGGGUGAAGGGGCAAACCCAACUGAAACUGGAACCAUGUCCAUGGCUGGUGCAGGAUGGCAAGAAGACCUUGUGGGGUCCCACCUGCUUUUCUUACCCCCCUGCCAGAGCCUCUGGGCCUCCUUCCUCCUGCAGCUCUCCCCAGGCUGCUAGCUCUUCACCCUCCCUGGAGGUGGAGGCUGGAGGGCCCACCUGUGUCCUCAUGAACCCGCCUGGCCAGCCCAGCACCCCACACUGGAGCCAUCUCUUACUCAUACUUCGGCAGUAGAGCCAGGGGGUGGGGGAGGGCAGGCAGGGUCAGAUGGGGGCCCCUUUUCAUCCUCAUCCUCCCCCAUCAACCUCGUUAUCCUUGUUCCGAGAGUACUGGGGACAACAGCUCCCUCCAGACAAAGCCAGCAUCCACCCAAGGCUGGAAGUGCCCAGGGGGCCAUGGAAGGUUCCUUGUGCUCCUUCUGCCCUUCCAGGCUCCCCCGGCCUGGGCAGCUGCCUCCGCAAAACCGCUCUGGUUCUACUGAGAAAGGCCUCUCCAGCAAUAAUGUUUUCUAGUCACUUACUCUCUCUCCAGGGAUGGCAUGAGGUGGGGAGUUUCACCCCGUGCCUGGACACUGUACCGACUUUGAUAGAUUUCUACACUGAGGUUUGAAUUCAUAUCGUCUGACUUGCUUUUACUUCUCUGUACAAAAAUGAUUUUGAAGAGAUUUUAAAGAUGUCCCCUUUGUACUCCCCUGUGUCGGCCGCCACUGAUCCUGUCAGUGAUGGUGGCCGUGGUGUGGAGUUUGCCUUGUACUGAGGGUUCAGGGUGGGGAAGCAAUUUGUAUUUUAUUUUUUUCUUAGCAUAAGCAGGUGAACUGGGAGCAGCUCUGUGACUCCCCUUCUUUAACUUCACAGCUCACCAGGACUGUUUUUAUAAACUGCUGUAUUUUGAAACCCCUUCCUUACUUAACCCAGGCCAGCAAGCUCUUUACUGAAAUUGGCCUUAAGGGGCUCUUGCCCUUGGGGGCCUGGAAUUCUGAACCUCAUCCGUCCUGCUCCUGAGGGGGGAGAAGGGGAAGUGCACUUUGGAGUGUUGUUUCCUAAGUAAGCCAUUAGGAGCGUCCACUCCCCUGUGAACUUUCUGGCAACAAAGAGAACAUUCUCUCUGGGGCUCUUUCUCCUGCCUUCUCAGGAAAGCUGGUAUCCGAUUUUUGACCAUUAGUCUUGUUGAUUCCACUGGGUGCAUCCCUUCCCCAAAUUUCCUGCCCUCCCUGGAGACUGGAGGCCUGGGGAAAAAGAAUCCAGGUUCUCAAAUGGGGGCCUGGUAGGAUUCUGAGCAGAGCGACAGGAUCCUGCUGACACAACAGGAAGCCCCAGAGUGCUCUCUCCCAGAGGGGAAACAGAUAGGGCUGGUGUUCUGGGUCAGCAGAACGGGACCCCAGUGGGGUCUGAAUUGAUGAAGAGCCAGACCACUCCACUAGCCUCAUAGCAGAGGCUGGGUGUGCUGAGGUCUCAGAAGAGGGUCCUCUUUGGUGGCAGGGCUGGGAGCAGCCUGGAUCUGGAGUGGUCAGCCAGGCCUAGCCACAGGUCUGAUGUCUCCACUUGUACCCAUAGGCCGUAUCGCUCUGUUUACAGUGACCUGCCCCAAGCCCUUCCCCCCAGAGGGCCUGGGGUUUCAGAGGUCUGUCUCCCCUUUGGUUCUAUGGUUAUUCAAUGAUUUGAUUUUUUUUUUUCCUCCAUAAACUUAUUAACCUGGCUUUCCCCCAUUUCAAUUCCUGUGAUUUAUGCCAAUAAAGUUUGCCAUUAUUUUCA